UGAAUGGUGCGACCGACGCAUGCGUGAACCGGCGGCGCUAGCAGUGACUACCAUUCCUAGUUCAAAGUAGCUCUACUUAGCUCAUUCCAGUAAACAGUACAGAACAACGCUGACUUAUCCUUGUCGACUGCGUCUCUUCAACACGACCGGUCAGGAAUAUGCCCAAGAAUAAAGGAAAGGGAGGAAAGAACAGGCGACGUGGUAAGAACGAGAAUGAGUCCGAGAAGAGGGAGCUGGUGUUUAAAGAGGAUGGCCAGGAAUAUGCUCAGGUGAUAAAAAUGCUUGGGAACGGUCGUCUGGAAGCCAUGUGCUUUGAUGGAGUCAAGCGGCUUUGUCAUAUCAGAGGAAAACUCCGGAAAAAGGUGUGGAUAAACACAUCAGAUAUCAUUCUGGUGGGAUUGAGAGAUUACCAGGACAACAAGGCCGACGUCAUCCUGAAGUACAACGCAGACGAGGCCCGCAGUUUGAAGGCCUACGGAGAGCUGCCCGAGCAUGCCAAAAUCAACGAGACAGACACAUUCGGACCAGGGGAUGAUGAUGAGAUCCAGUUUGACGAUAUUGGUGAUGAUGAUGAAGACAUUGAUGAUAUCUAAAGGGCUGCUGCCAGGGGGGAGGUGGAAUGACAUUGGAGAUGCUCCAGUUGUGUUUUGUUUUCCUCUAGCCAUUACCGCACAUCGACUUCUAUAUUUUUUUUUUAAUAAGGUCCUCAAUGUACCGGUCCAACAACAAACAGUAUGUCUCUGGAAUCUUCUUCCCAUCAUUUAGUUUUGUUUACUGUUUUAAUAAAUGUAUUUUAUGUCUCAAUAUAAAUGCCUCAACAUAAGAGUCAAAAAAAUAUAUUAUGGACAUUGACAACUUAUCUUUUGGCGAACAACUUAAUUGUAUUCUUCCGGCUAGACUUUCACAUUGAAACAAAGUAAAUCUUGGGUAACUGCUGCAUAAUUAGAACUGGGGGGUCAAAGGUUACCUGAGGCCGAUCUCCACAUCUGGAGUGGCACUAUUUGAGGUAAAUUCAUUAAAUCUUGUUGUCCAAAAUGGGCAAACGGAAAUUCAACUCCCACCAUACCCAUAUAUGGUCUCUUCGUCACUCGUGCAAGCCACUAUCACUACUCUCCCGAGGUUUGCCGUAACUGUCCACGACUGAACACCACCGUUUGGCCAACGAGCUACGAUGCGCUAUCUUUUUAAUGUAUUUAUAUCGAUUUCACCACAAGUGGAAUUUCCUAACAAGUACAGAGUCUCUGGAUUCGCAAAUAAAAAGAUAAACCAUUCAA